AUGAUCCCUCAAGAAAAACGCGAAAAGAGCUACUGGUUUGGGCUUGACUUUUUUCGUUCACUGAAGACACUAUUCCCACUAUUGUAUCCGGGACUGGAAUGGGCUGUGAUUUUUACUCUAUUGACAGGAGCAGCCGCUGGAGGGUAUGAAAAAGUCAACUAUGACACGGGAAUGAUGAUCGGAAAGUUCUACUUGUAUUUGUCGAUGAAAGAUGAGCACGGAUUUUGGCAUACUUUCUGGAAAGCCACUUGGUGGUAUUUGGCUCAAUGUGCGUUAACCGCUUUGGUGAGUCUCUUUUCAUCAGCUCUCUACUUGUCUUUUCGUCGAAACAUCACGCGAAUCUUGCACAAUCGAUACUUUUCCAACAAUGUCUGCUUUCAAUUGAACACCGUUGAUAAUGAAGGAAUCGAUAAUCCGGAUCAAAGAGUCUCACAAGAUGUGGAAAAAUUCUCACCGUUCGUUGUUGGGUAUUACACUUGGAGAACGUGGCACACAUCUGGUGGAGUUGGAGUUGGGGUUAUUUAUGGAUACUUUUUGAUCAGCUCUAUCGUCAACCUCGUCAUCAUUCAACCGUUGACGAAAUGGGCCGGGAAAGUCGAGAAAGCUGAGGGUUGCUUUAGAUAUAAACAUGUCUCCGUUCGGGACAACGCUGAAGGAAGCGCUUUCUACAAGGCCGACUUCUUUGAACUCCGAGAAUGCAAUCGCAUCUUCAACAUUCUACUCAGAAAUCAAGCCUUCUUCAUCUCAUUCCGUGCGCCAGUCAUGUUUUCCCAAAACUUUUUCGCCUAUUUUGGUGGCGUUUUAACGUAUGCCAUUCAAGUGAUCCCGAUUUUUUGGAUGCAUUCCUAUGAUGACCUAGAUGUCAGCAAAUUUGCUGAGAAACUGAGCAAUAAUUCCUUUGUUUUCAUGUAUCUAAUCAAUAGCUUCACAAAGUUGACCGACUUGGCGAGUAGUGUUGGAGAGAUGGCUGUUUAUUCGCAAAGGAUUGCUGACUUGGUCGAUUUCACCAAAGAUGCGUCUCUCAAAGCCAAUUGCUUCGAGAACUCACAGCAACCAAACGAUAAGCCAAAAGAUGGGCUCACUUUGGAAAAACUCUCCUAUGCGCCACCGAAUUCAAAUGAAUUGCUAGUGAAAGAUUUAAGCCUUGCGCUCGAACCAAGAACCUCUUUACUGAUCACUGGACCAAGUGGGAUUGGAAAAUCGUCUUUAUUCAGAGUUUUGGCUAAACUUUGGCAUAAAAAUUCAGGAAAGAUUCAACUCCCGGAAAGAAAUGGUUAUAUAAUGUUUUUACCACAAAGACCUUAUUUGCCGAGUGGAAAUGUCUCACUUCGACAGCAGUUACUGUUCCCGAAUCUUGGCGAUAAACGAGUUGCCUCAAUCGUCGAAGAUUCCAAAUUGCAAGCAGUUCUCGCGUCACUUUCCUUGUCGCAUUUGAUCUCAAUGGCUGGUGGUUUUGAUGGAGAGGUGGAAUUUGAAUGGUCCGAGCGGCUAACACCCGGCGAGGCUCAACGAUUAUCGAUCUGCCGAGUUCUCAUCUCACAACCAUCACUGGUUUUCCUCGAUGAGGCCACCAAUAGUUUACCGGUGGCAAUGGAAAAAACGGUUUAUGAAUUGUUGAAAGAGGCAAAAAUCUCCUACAUCUCCACAGGACAUCAACUUACAUUGAGAGCCUAUCAUGACAUGAUUCUCAAUAUUGACGGCACCAAUGAGCACUCAUUAUAUAAAAAUGAACAGAAUCAUCUU